UGAGUUAACGUGAAUUUACUUUUCAGUGUCUAAGUCCAUGUCUUUUAUUUAUCAAUCUCCUGCUUAAUACUUUUUCUUUUUCUCUUUGCUCUCAGUUGUGUGUACGGGUUUCGGGUCCUUUGGUCUUCUUUAUUUCACCCUUUACCUCUUUCCUUUGAUUGCAUGAAGGCGGCGAUGAUGAAAGAAAUGAGGUUACAUGAGAAGUGCUCGAUGCUUGUAUGAUUCGGAAACGAAUCAAGAUAGGCAUGGCGGGGACUUUUGCGCCUUCCUUGUUUUUCUUUCUUUUUUUCUUUCUUUCCUUAUUUCAUGUACUUUUGUUUCCUCUUCCUCCUCACCUCCUUUUUUUCCACAUAUGUAUCUAAUAUGCUGCCACCUUCAUUGCUCUUUUCUCUUUCCAUUCCUUCUUCUCUUAUUCGUUUCUCCCCCCUACCCCUUUUAUCUUUUAUGUCGACCUCCACCAUAUCCUUUUGUUUCUAGAGUUUUCUUUUACUGCUUUUAUUGAUCUUUGCUUUAUUGUUUGUGUUUUGUGCCAUCGGUGUUACUUCUUAAUGUUAUUCAUUAUUGAUCAAAUGACAGAGCGUAGAGCGUUAGA